AUGUUCAUUGCCCGGUCGGAAUAUGAUCGGGGGAUCAAUACUUUCUCCCCGGAAGGUCGUCUUUUUCAAGUCGAAUACUCCUUGGAAGCCAUCAAGCUUGGUUCAACGGCGAUUGGUGUUGCCACGUCUCAUGGCGUUCUCCUCGGUGUCGAAAAACGCGUCACAUCUCCUUUACUGGUUUCCUCGAGCAUUGAAAAGAUUGUCGAGAUUGACAGACACAUUGGUUGUGCCAUGUCCGGUCUGCAAGCAGAUGCACGGAGUAUGAUCGACCACGCUCGAAUCGAGUCCCAAAACCAUGCCUUCCAUUACAACGAGAAACUUGGGGUGGAGAGCUGUACACAGGCCAUUUGCGAUCUGGCACUCAGAUUUGGUGAGGGUGUCCAGGGAGAAGAGUCAGUAAUGAGUCGGCCCUUUGGUGUCGCCUUAUUGUUAGCCGGCUGGGACGAAGAUAAUGGUCCACAACUGUACCAUGCUGAGCCCUCUGGUACAUUCUACCGCUACGAUGCGAAAGCUAUUGGCUCUGGCAGCGAAGGAGCACAAGCGGAACUACAAUCCGAAUACCACAGAUCAUUAACGUUGGAAGAGGCCGAGACCCUGGUGCUAAAAACACUCAAGCAAGUCAUGGAGGAGAAAUUGGAUGCAAAGAAUGUACAGUUAGCCAGCGUCACGCGCGAGAACGGAUUCCGAAUCUACAGCGACGAAGAAAUGAGCACCGUGGUUGCAAGACUCGAAGGCGACUAG